AUGGAUGAAGUUUAUCACGACUGGAAAAAUACCAUCAACUUGAACAUUAUAUUUUUGAAAAUAAUGGGUUUGUGGCCAAGAAAGAACGAAAUUUACAAGCCGGGUUUAUAUAUGGUGUAUAGUAGCCUGAUGGUCACGCUUGUCGUCGUCUGCCACAUUGCCACACAAGUGAUUAACAUUUACUUCGUCCGUAACCAAUUAGAAACUGUCGUUGCCAUAGUGUACAUACUUUUGAUAAAUAUUACGGCGAGUUUCAAAGUUUUCUUCGUUAUAAUAAAUAUGAAACAGCUGCAGGAACGAAUGACUGUUUCAAAAAGUAACUGGUUUCCAAAGAGCAAUCAUCAACAAAAAGUUUUGAUUGAAUCUAGUAUCAAAUCUUGGAUAUCCAGUUACAGGAUGCUUGUGGUUAUAUGUGUCUCAUGGGUCGCCUUCUCGAUGACUUACCCACUUUUGGAUGCGUCUGUGGAAGAAAAGCGUUUACCAUUUCUGGCGUGGUAUCCAUACGAUCACAGAAUUUCACCUUUGUACGAAAUUACGUAUGGUUUUCAAGUAAUUAGUUCAAGCUAUUUGGCUUGGGUUCAUCUCACUAUUGACAAUUUGAUGUACAUUGUCAAUGUGUACACAAAAUGUCAGUUUGAUAUAUUAAGUGACAAUUUAAGAAAUUUUACCAAGAUAUCGAACGACUUCAAUAAGGGUUUGAUUGUGUGCAUUUUGCAUCAUAAGAGGAUUUUAAGUUUUGUUGAAGGCUGUAAAUUUUUUAACUGGAUAUUUGUUUGCCACCUGAUUAUAAAUGGAGUGGCUAUUGGAAUAACAAUGUUUCAACUAACCAUGGUGGCGCCAUUUUCUAGUGAAUUCUAUUCACUUUUUACGUACGGAUUUGCCAUUACUAUUCAGAUUUUCAUGUUUUGUUGGCAUGGUAAUGAAGUAGAAUUAAGUAGCGACCUGGUUUCAUACGCAGCAUUUGAGUCAGACUGGACUGAAUUACCCGCAGAUUACCCUUUCAGCCUAUCCAUCUGCCAGGAAAAGUUUCAUUUAAGUACUUUCGCACUUGACGUCCAAGAUGUGGUGGAGCACCGUCUUGGUGGAACCAAAUCGUUGCUGCUGGGAACCCCGAAUUUUGGUAAUUGGACCAAUUGGGAAACAAUUCUCUAA